AGCGCUCAGUCGAGCUUAGUUAUUCCAGUAGACUAGUCAAAAGUUUGUCAUAGAUACUUCAAGACCUCGUUAACUAACGACGGAUGGCUCUCGUCUAGAUCCACCAACAUGGGCUGCACUAGCAGCGCACCUGUAUCAGAUAUCCAUUCUCAUACAACAGAAAACGAGAAAGCAGAAGUAAAUGAAAAUAAAAACGAAAAAACCGAAAAUACGGAACAAGAGGAUUUAAAAAGAGAAGAGGAUCAGGAAAUUGUAGAAAAUUUAGAAUGUAAAGUAAUAAAAAUGCUUCCGAUAUGUGAUAAUUUAGAAGAAAAUUUACAAUUAGAUAGAAGUUCAAAUUCACCGCCAGAUAUUUUCACGACUGAAGCUGAGAGUGAGGCGUCUGAUUUAAAUAAAGUGGAAAAGAAUGAACCUGAACCUACAGCAGUUGAAGAAACGACACCCACUAUUGAUACUGAGAAACCUCCGCAAAAAUGUUCAACAUUCCAAGAAGUUGUUGAUCAAGUGGUUUUAGACAGUAUUUUAGAAGAUAUAGCUAAAAUGCCCGGUCUUAAAGAAAACGAGGAAGACAACGUUGAUAAUGAUCACAAUGUUCAUCAAAAUUAUAUCGUUAAUGAAAACUCAGAUGAGAUAAAUCACUCGACCAACGAAGAUAAAGAAUAUAAGGAACUUGAAGAAGAUCCUGAAGAAGCAGCCAGUCCAAGUCAAUCGGAAUGCAGUCGAGCGACUCGAUGGGAAGCCCUAGCGGACAUCGCGGCAGAGCUGCCACCGUCUCUGGCUGUCGAUCCACUGACGGGACAGAUAUUCUCACUCACUAAAUAAACAUUUGUAAAUAAACUAUAAAAAAAAAAAAUCUCAAAAGGGCUUAUUAUCUAAAUUAUAAACAAGUUAAUUGGUUAACAGUGUUGUGUUUUGGGAACAAUUCAGUUUAGAGUAUUUAUUAAUGUUUUAAUCAAAGUUUGAGACGGAUAUGUACAUUUCAAACCUCAAUAUAAAAUUUCUUAAUAUCAUCAACUACUCUUGAAAACAAUAUAAGAAGCAUGAAUAUGUAGCAUGUAUGUUUUGGUGCCAGUUAUAGAAUGUGCUUCCUUCAUGGACACACUAACCAGUAACCUCGACCCUUCUUUUUAAAACAUUUAAUUGUGUAUAUAAGUAAGUUAUAAUUAGUUCACAACAGUGUACUUGGCAUAAAAUUGCAAAGUAAUCUUGCUUCCCAGUAAUAACAUCUUUUAUUCAAAAAUAUUUUGCAUAAUAACAAUUCGCGAAGAUUUAAUAACGAAAAUUCUUCGAUGUGCCAGUGUUGUGGCGGAUAGUAUCGAAUAUGUAGAUAUAACUCACACUAAAAACUAUUACGUAUUAACUAUACGUCUCUUUUUAUGAUAGGCCUCUCAAUCUCUUAAGGUUUUUAUCGGUAAAGUCCAUAGAUUAUCUUUCAUUAAAGAUCAUAAGUAAGCAAAUGUCUAGUCUUUAUAGAAAAGGCUUUCAAAGCCUUUUUCAAAGUUUUCAGAAGAGGUUUGGCUUCACCGCGAGAGUAAAUCUCUUGGUAGAGAUUUGGACGUAACGAAUAAGAGCAUUCGAAUGAGCUGUGAAAUUCUAACAUUGUUGGAUAUUAUAGAUUACAGGCGUUUCAGUUACGGUUUACCCUCAGUUGAGAAACAUUUCAAGUGCUUAUAAAAGGCUGCAGCAAUGCACUUUCUCGUAGCUCAAUUAUGACUCUUCUAUAAAGGUACAUUUGCUCACAGUAUCUGCUAUCAAGGCUUUCCUCGUAUUGUCACUUUCCAUGGUUUUGUGGGUGAUGUAGGUAGAUUUUUAAUUCUACCAUUGACGUCACAGCAUUUUAAGAGGCAUACAAAUUAAUCUACCCCAAGUUGGCUUUCGGGCUCUUUCGCAUCAGGCGGUUUCCCGUUAUUAAACACUUAUAAAAUUAUUUAAAUGAAUAAGACUCGCGAAAGUCUUAGAUCUCACUUAUUAAAUUAUAUUCACUUACAGAACAUUUUGCAUUUAUUUUUAGACUUUCACAGUUCUAAACCCGUCUUUAUUUUAAAAUAGCUAUGUUACGCUGUUUAUCUAGCAAUUCAUUACGUGAUAAUGUUACUCCAUAAGACAGAAUUCUUAAACGCGUUGUAACAAAAGCUGCAUACAUUUUUUGUUUCACAUUCAACUAGAUAAGCCGACCUCAUGUAACGCCCACGGACAAUUAAUUGCGGUUAGCAAGUAAGCCCUCAUGCAAAUUAUAAGUGAAAUUCUUUAUUUAAUUUUAACGAAAUAGUCGAAGCAAAUUAUAUUCCGAUACAUCGAUGAAAACAACGAAUUCGAUUUAUUUAAAAUAUUUUGAUCUAUGAAUUUCUAAAAAAAACUUUUAGAAAACUACCAUUAUUGAAUUUUCAGAUAAUUGACAUGGAAACAAGGAGCAGUUUUAAAUAAUAAUUAU